AGUUGUUUAACCUUUGAGGAUAUCCGCGAACGGAAAUUAUAAAUGGAGCCAAGGACAGUGUCUUCUGUAACUAUUUCAUUUAAGGAUGGGAAUCAACAAAUAUACAGCAGUGAUUUCUGUUUUGACUGUCGUUGUCAUAUUUCUGACUUUGUGGUCAAACAAAACUAUUGUUGUAAAAUUGGGAUUUGUGUCACAGAUAAAUAACAAAUCACUUGGGUACAGACGUGCAACUGGUCCGUAUAAUAACUUAACUUCAGAAAAACAAGACUUACAUAAUGAACAGCUACAACUGCUAGGAAAUCUGGUGCAGCAACUUAUACACAGGAAUCAGAACCCAAAUAAUUGUGAGAACAGAAAAAAGAUUGUUUGCAAUUUUAUUCGUAAUGCUGGUUUCGGGAGCCAAAUGUUUGACUGGACAUUUUGUCUUAUUGUAGCAUUAGCUACAAAUCGGACACUUGUCAUUAAAUCAAAAGGCUGGCCAUAUACAAAAGAUGGAAUGGAGCAAUUAUUUCUCCCAGUCAGUACAAACUGCAUGCUGACACACAAUCAAAGCACAGUUCAAGAAAAUGAUUUAAGAAAAAUAAAGUAUGAAAAAGAGGAAGCGAUUACGAUCCCACGUGCCCAUAAAAUGAAUUUACGUUCCUUGUACCUGCCAAUUGUGAUACCAGAUGACGUUACUAAAAAAAUAACGAGAGUGCAUUCGAAUCCCGCCGGUUGGUUAGUUGGACAUUCUUAGUUUAUCUUACUAGGCAGAAAAAACACAUUAAAGCGAUUUAUUGAUGACAAAAGAAAGAGAAUUCGAUUUUCUCACCCUAUAGUUGGUGUCCACGUUCGAAGAACGGAUAAACGUAAGGAAGCCAAAUAUCACUUUUUGCAUGAAUAUAUGAGCCACGUAGGAACCUGGUACGACUCCUACGAGAAAAGACACGGUAAGGUUAAGCGAAGAGUUUAUCUAGCUACCGACGAACCCAUGGUUAUAAGAAAAGCAAA